CCGGCGCGUCUUCACCUGCGCAAUCUCUUGCUUCCAUCGCCGCCUGGAAAUCUAGUAUUUCCGAACAUUUCAAUUGUUCAAGCUCGGUCCGUCCAGUUUUCACUGACGAAACUUCUUUGCGACUAGACUUCUACCCAAGAUCUCCAACUCCAAGUCAUCAACAUGGCGGACAACGCUGAGAACGGAAGUGGAAACGCUGGCUCCGAUGGCGCCGCCCCCGCCGUCGAGCACCUUAACAUCAAGGUCACGGAUAACAACAACGAGGUCUUUUUCAAGAUCAAGCGCAGCACCAAGCUCGAGAAGCUCAUGACGGCGUUCUGCGAGCGCCAGGGCAAGACGUUGGCUUCGGUCAGAUUCCUCUUCGAGGGUCAGCGCGUGCAGCCCACGGACACCCCAGACACUCUCGAGAUGCAGGACGGUGACUGCCUGGAAGUCCACCAAGAGCAGGUCGGCGGCUGCUAGACAAGAUACGAUCCAUACCACAAGGAGAAAGGAAAAAACAUGAGAAAAUCAUAACCGACCACAUCCACGGUAGCGGGCGCAACGACAACCAGUGACUUGGUCUCCUCCAGCAGGUGGCUCGGGUGAUAUCCGAUUCCAUGACAGGACAGGACAGGAACUGGGAGUUUCGGAAUUGUGACAUUUGGAUUGGACACGGGCUUAUGGAGCAUAUCACGACUUUUCGCCAGCAUCACUGGCCGCACGCUACGCACUUCUCUGCUAUUUCGUUGCGAUCC